AAACUCAUUUUAUCCUAGAACAGAAUUAUGUAAAAAGAUCUGCACUAAGAUAUAUUUUACUGCUAUAUCAGAAAUGUUAUUCUCUCUCUCUCUCUCAAACAAUAAUUUACGACAAUAGUUAAAAAAAAAUACAAUAUACGCUAUAUACACAAAAAUUGUGGGAAUCCUUCCUAAAACUACUAUUUAUAAUAUGUGACUGUCAGAAAAGGUGUCGGACCCAUAGAGGUAAAAAUAAAAAAAAAGAAGAGAAAAAAAGGGUGUUUUUGGCCCCAAAAAUUGUCAAAAUUUCACGAACAUGAGAUCUCAGAAUACUAUGCGUUUCGUUUAUUUUUGAUAGCGAACUGAAGAAUUAUUAGAUUUUUAAUUUUUUAUGUUAAUGAGAAUUUUGUAUGUCGGUUCUGUAUUCACAGUAACUGAAUAACUUGCCUCCUUCCCUUCCCCCCUCCCCCAAAAAUAUACCGGAAUGGAGAGCCGACCGAGCAGCUUCCCGUCUCAUUUUUAUUCCCCGAUACUUCACUUGUUCAUUUGGCGUCGUGUUGUCAAGUGGUGUUUUGUGCUCUAGAAAGGACGAUUAUUACCCUCAUUCUUCGAACCUUGUCAUUUUGGUUGGUCCAAAAUCCGAGGCUUCGUGCGGAAGCAACCAUGCCCCGAUCGAGGGGCCUCUUUGGCUCAGCGAUGCUGCCAUUUCCCGCGUCAUGGGCGGCCGUUUGGCUCAAGGCCUUGGUUUGGCUGACCAUAUCGACCGCAACUUCGGCCUUCAACCUCGAGCCUGAAUCUGCCCAGAUUUUCUCGGACCCGACGGCUGGCAUAGGACGCGAGUCUUACUUCGGAUUCUCGGUGGCUUUGCAGAGGAACGCUCUGGACAAUUCUAACUGGCUGGUAGUUGGCGCACCCAGGGCUAACUCGAGUUCAUACAAACCGACUGUGGUAAUGGAACCUGGAGCCAUCUUCAAAUGCAACCUGCAAAACGACACCAUCCCUUGUCAAGAACUUCGGAUUGAUGAAGCAGGUAUUUGUUCUACAGUAAAUCAGCAAAACCGUAGGUGCCUCGAACACAUGGACUUUGGUUGGCUUGGUUCAUCGCUAGAUUCGCAGCCUUCCCGUAAGGACAACAGACAAGCAACUGCUACAUGUGCUCCCCGGUGGAAGAAUAGAUUGGAUAAACUAUCACAAAUAAAUGGAGCAUGCUAUUGGCUUAAUGCUUCACUUCAAGAUAGCCCAGCUCACAAAUUUCUUCCACUCAAGGACGUUUUCCAUGAAGACAACCGAUAUUACUACUCAAUGGGACAGGCUGGAAUGUCUGUCCACUUUCCAGACAACCAAAAUGAAAUGAUUAUUGGUGCUCCAGGCCUCUACUACUGGGAAGGUGGUGUAAUCCUCAUGAGAGAUAACACUACUGUGCCUAAAGUGUCCGAAAACAGGAUGUUUACUUCUGCCUUGGUGCCUGAUCAAGAACCCAGUUUAACCUACUUUGACCUCUCUGGAUAUGCUGUGACAUCUGGUAGAUUCUUCGACAAGGAUCAGCUGCUUUAUGUCACAGGCGCUCCUAGGGGAGCAGAGAUGCAUGGAAAGGUACUGAUAUUUUCCUUCUCAUUCUCAACCUAUAAAUCCCUGAAAGUCUGGGCUGAGUACAAAGGCAGUCAGCUGGGAGAAAACUUUGGAGCUGCCAUUGUUGCUGCCGAUGUGAAUGGAGAUGGUUUAAGCGACCUCAUAGUUGGAAGUCCAACAUACUCUGAGCCAGACAAGCCAGAUGUAGGAAGGAUUCAAGUUUUCACGGGAAAAAUAGACAAAACUAUUGAGAAAAUAAGUAGUCACUCUGGUUUAGGUAAAUCUUUUGCAAGAUUUGGCACCACUCUGGCCCCUUCUGGAGAUAUAAAUCAAGAUCGUUAUGAAGAUGUAGCUGUUGGAGCCCCUUGGGAAGAUGAUGGUAGAGGAGCUGUAUACAUUUACCUCGGAUCAAUUUCUGGUCUCAGAAAGGAAUUUUCCCAGCGUCUCACACCAGAUGACUUCCCCAGUCAUCCUCUGAGAGGUUUUGGCAUGUCACUGUCAAGAGGCAUCGACACUGAUGAUAAUGGUUAUCCAGAUCUAGCAAUCGGAAGCUUUAUAUCUGGACAUGCUCUGGUCUUGAGGUCUCGAACAGUAGCAUCACUAAGAGGACACUUGAAGUCUAAUCCCCCAGCCUUGGAACUUGACACGACAGAAUUCACACUCACUGCCUGCAUUACAUACAAUGGCUACAGGGUUCCAACUUCUGUUGAUGUUUCUACAUUACUCACUUUGGACUACGGGUAUCAUGCACCCAGGGCUUCGUUUCUGGAUAUCAAGCGACCACAAAGGAAUGUUACACUAACAUCCAUAAAAGGAAGAGAGACAUGUGAAACAUUCCAAGUGAGUGCUCAGUCAAACAACGUGGAUCCCAAAACACCAAUCACAGUGAAGUUUGAAUACAGAAUUCCUGAUUUUCCUGGAAACCAACUGUAUCAACCCAAGACUGACAACACUGAACCACAGAGCUUCACCAACCACAUUCGUAUUGUAACUGACUGUGAAGACAAUGGAAACAGCAUAUGUGAGACUGAUUUGCACGUUGAAGCUGAAUUCAUAAACCUCAGGGAAGAGGACUACCUAGUGAUUGGAGGAACCAAGCAACCAGAAAUGAAGAUUUCUGUCCGCAACACAGGAGAGUCUGUAUUUCUGCCGAAUGUCUCCAUCAGUGUACCAAAACCUUUUGUUCUGUUCUUGCCCACUUCUCACAACUGUGAAUUUUCCAGCAAAGAUGACAGAUCACAUCUUGUUUGCCAGCUCAAAAACCCAAUUCAGAAGGAAAAUCAGGAUACCAUAUCAGUUUUAAUUGACCCAAGCCAGGUAACAGAUGCCAUAUCAUCAACAUUGCUGACAGUUAAUGUGGAGGCAGCAGGAGAAGGCAUUGAACGGGAUGCACAGGAUAAUCACAAAAGUUCAAAAAUUCAGUUGUUAGCAGAAGCGAAGCUGAAACUCCAAGGGUAUUCACGCGGUGAGCAAAUCCUCUACCACCGGCUCGAUGAGGACACAAUCAACACAAACAAACCUAAAGCAUCUUUCACUCACUAUUACUCGGUAAGUUUGGAGAGUCAUGGAAGUAAAGCUUUUCUAAUACAUAGUACUUUGACAAAUUGUAUGGAUCUGUAUGAUGAGUAACAACAACAGACCUAUACACCACUCACUGUAAUGACAGUACAUAUGCUCUUUACUUUUCACUACAGAUAAGUAUAAGAUAUACAGUCUUUUGCUAAGUUUACUGUAAAGUGUCCACUCUGUUCAGUAUCCAAAGA